UUUAUUUAUUUUUCCAUUGUUCAUUUUAUCAUCGUGGAACAUAUUGAAUAAAAUACUUGUUAUUAAACUGGGAUUUUCUUCAAUCUGAGAUAUAAUCACAGACUGAUUCUUCUUGUGGGACUAGUUUUAUUAGGAUCCUACUAGUUGUCUGGUGAGGAUAUAAUACCAGUCUGUCUCUGAGAUGGAGUCCAGAACUCUUCUACUUGUUCUGGGUCUUGAUUUCAUUCUACUGGUGAACCUAGUGGCCAAAGGUUGUGACCCUGGCUUCAUAGCCAAAGGGAGUCAAAAAUGUGAUGAUAUAGAUGAGUGUAAAGAGUGGGACAGUACCCCACCCUGUGGAAGUAAAGCUGCAUGUUUCAACACACAGGGGAGCUUCUACUGUCACUGUCUACCUGGGUUCAUAUCCACAACGACUGACUACUUUACUCCUCUCACAGGGAAAUGUAAGGACAUUGAUGAGUGCCUGAUAACACAGGUUUGUGGCAGCAACACCAUUUGCCUCAACACCAUUGGGAGCUACAACUGCCAGUGCCAACCUGGCUUCAGAGUCUCUACUUACACUGGACGCUGUACAGAUGAGGAUGAGUGUGUGUGGGUUCCCCCGGUGUGUGGCGCUCUGGGGAUAUGCACAAACACACCUGGCCGAUACACCUGCACCUGUCCGCCAGGGCUCAGUAACCACGGCAACAACACUGCCCCCUGCACAGACAUCGAUGAGUGCCUGGAGAAAACACACAGUUGUGGCAGCAACGCUAGUUGCCUCAACACCAUUGGGAGCUUCCACUGCCAGUGUCAACCUGGGUUCAGAUUCUCUAAUCACACUGUGAAGGACUGAUGGAAAGUCCAAUAUCAAGUUAUCUGAUGAGUUUCCCAAUGAUUUUGUCACGUCUGCUCCUGCUCCCCCUCUCUGACGCUCGAGGUUGCCAGGCGACUCAUCAUUACUCACACCUCUCCCCAUCGUUACGCGCCCCAGCACUUCAUCGGACUCACCUGGACUCCAUCACGUCAUUGAUUAUCUAUCCUAUAUCUGUCACCCAUCCAGUUCAUUUUACACAUCUGCAUUGAUGUUGUUUUGUUUCUCCUGUCCAGAAGCUCUUACUGUUUUUCAUGUCUGUUAACCCAUUAAAUAUUCAUUCCCUGUACUUACUUCUCAUCUCCCAGCGUCUGGCAUCACAGAGCCAUUUCAGAUUGUGUACAUUUCCUUUUUAAAGACUUGCUGAGGCAUUUAACAGUUAGUGAGACUGUAGUAAUAUACAGUAUAAAGAUACCUGGAUCCAGCUGUUUUUCAGUUUAUUUUUAUUUAAAUUGAACCUUUAUUUGACUAGACAAGUCAGUUAAAAACAAAAUGUUACUUACAAUGAUGCCCUAGGAACAGUGGGUUAACUGCCCUGUUCAGGGGCAGAACAACAUAUAUAUUUUCUAUCAGCUCCAGAGAUUCGAUCUAGCAACCAUUCGGUUAUUGUCACAAUGCUCUAACCACUAGGCUACCUGCCACUAGGAUACCAAUCUCCUCUCUUGGGUAGGGGGUAGUAUUUUCACCUCCUGAUGAAAAGCAUGCCCAAAGUAAAUUGCCUGUUACUCAAUCCCAGAAUUUAGGAUAUGCAUAUAAUUAGUAGAUUUGGAUAGAAAACACUCUAAAGUUUCCAAAACUGUUAAAAUAAUAUGCCUGUGAGUAUAACAGAACUGAUAUGGGAGGCGAAAACCUGAGAAAAAUCCAUCCAGGAAGUGGAAUUGUUUUCAUGUGGUUGUUUUUCAUUUAAAUAGUUUGUCUGGUUUCAGGCUUUUAUUUUAUUAUUAUUAUUAUUAUUAUUAUUAUUAUUAUUUAUUAUUGAAAAACGACGUGUUAAAAGCCAUUUCAACAGUUUUAACAAUAGUUUUCCUAGUGUCAUACAAGGAGGGAAAAUAUUGCUGUCUGAAGAGGUAGCAUUGAAUUGUACACAGCAUCUCCUCUCACUCUAUCUUGGUUCGUGCAGGUGACUGUGACCACCUCCUCAGACCAAUUGACAGUACGCCCAGAACAUUGUUCUGGGAACCAAAAUGAGUAUCUCAGUUUCAAGUUUUGAGAGAAGAACCCUUGUUAGUUAUCAGUCAGUCAGUCACUUGCAGGAACCAAUUUUGCAUAAUGAAUCAUGUAAAUCAUGCUUAUAUGAAUUGUGUGGAUAGCCGUAUAUUAGAGAACUAACGGGACUGUCCCGGCAGAGCUCCUGACCGAUGUGAACUAUGCAUGAAGUUUGCUGGAACCUCUCCAGCUUGCUGAUAAUAAAGAAUGAUUCAUUUAAGUUUGA